AUGUUAAAUUCUCUUUUCAUUGUAAAUAAUGUAUGUGAUAUAAUUCUUGAAAAACAUUGGAAAUCAGUUAUUCAUCGUUCUAUUUGUGAUUAUUUUUAUGAAGCACAAAAAAAAGUGUCAUGUCCUGAAGAUGUCCUUCCAGUAAUUGCAACACCUCAUCAUUAUUUAAUUAAUGUUUACCACAAUAAUUUAUAUCUCAUUGCUGUCACAACAACAGAAACUCCACCAUUAAUGGUUAUUGAAUUUUUGCAUAGAGUUAUUCAAACACUUAAAGAAUAUUUUAAUGAUUGUUCUGAUACUGUGAUAAAAGAAAACAUAGUUAUUGUUUUUGAAUUAUUAGAUGAAAUGCUUGAUAAUGGUUUUCCACUUGCAACAGAAUUAAAUAUUCUUCAAGAAUUAAUAAAACCACCAAAUUUCUUUAGAAAUAUUACAAAUACUGUUACUGGAAAAACUAAUAUAUCUGAAAAAUUACCAAUAGGACAAUUAUCAAAUGUUCCAUGGAGGAGAGCUGAUGUAAAAUAUAACAAUAAUGAAACUUAUUUUGAUGUUAUUGAAGAGAUAGAUUGCAUAAUAGAUAAACAUGGUUCAAUUGUAUCAGCUGAAAUUCUUGGGCACAUUGAAGUAUGUUGUAAACUUAGUGGAAUGCCUGAUUUAUCAAUGACAUUAAUGAAUCCAAGAAUUUUAGAUGAUGUAUCAUUUCAUCCUUGUAUAAGAUUUAGAAAAUGGGAAAAUGAAAAAGUGUUAUCUUUUAUACCUCCAGAUGGAAAUUUUAAUUUAUUGUCAUAUCGUGUUGGUUCACAAAGUUUAGUAGCAAUACCAAUAUAUGUUAAACAUAAUAUUAAUCUAACUCCUACUUUGGGACGUCUAGAAUUAACAGUAGGUCCAAAACAAUCUAUGGGGAAAAUUUUAGAAGAUGUCAUUUUAGAAAUUGUUAUGCCUAAAAACUUGGUAAAUUGUAAUCUUACUCCAACUCAUGGUAAAUAUACAUAUGAUCCAAUUACACAUUUAUUUCAAUGGAAUAUUGGUAAAAUUGAAACUGGAAAACCACCAAAUAUAAAAGGGUCUGUAAGUAUCAGUGGUACAUCAACUCUUGAAUCUCCUAUUAUAACUGUUAAAUUUAAAAUUAGUCAGUUGGCGAUAUCAGGAUUAAAAGUCAAUCGUCUUGAUAUAUUCGGUGAAAAUUAUAAACCGUUUAAAGGAGUUAAAUAUGUAACGAAAGCUGGAAAUUUUCAAGUUCGUACAUAA